AUGGAAGACAGCUCUCAGAUAGAGCAACAUUCUUGUAUUGUAGUCCACACUGCAGAAGAACUUCUCAUAAAUGCAGCUGUCUUUGAUUCUACCAUGUUUCUCUGGAAGACUAUUUUGCUGGCAGUGUCAAAUCUAUUCCUUUGGGAACGUGUGACCUCAUCACCAAACUCCCAAAUGAUCACUGGAAGCCUAUACCAACGUGUAGUUGAACUGUCACACUACACCCAUGAUCUUGCUUCAAAAGUUUUUAUCGAAUUUAAUACGAAGUUUGUUAGGAGACAGAACCUGAUGUUAAGCACCUGCCACACUGCCUCCAUCUUUACUCCAGAAAGCAGUGAACAAGUCCACCAGACAAAAUUGGAAGAUCUCCUGAAAAUGACCAUCAGUGUUUUACAAGCCUGGGAGGAGCCUCUGAAGCACAUGGUAGCUGCAGUGGCUGCUCUUCCAGAUGCAUCUGAUGUCAUGCUGUCAAGAGCAAAAGAGUUGGAGGAAAGAGUUUUAGGCCUUCUGGAGGGACUGAAGACCAUAUUCAAUAGGUUUCAUCCUGGAGUGGUUGAAAAUGACUAUACUUUCUGGAAUGGAUGGUCAGAUUUGCAGUCAUCUGAUGAAGCCACUCGCUAUUUUGCUCUUAGUAACUUGCACCGUUGUGUGCACAGGGAUACACACAAGGUUGAUAAUUAUCUCAAGGUCUUGAAGUGCCGAGAUGUCCAUGACAAUAACUGCUGA